GUAUCAGAUUAUUGUAAUCUGACAGCUGUCACCUAAAUGAAUCACACACAAUCAGCUGGUGUUUGAUAUUGAAAAUGGGAAAUGAUUCGGUUUUUUGUUGCGGAUUUGCGUGAAAACCGUUGAAACGGCAAAAUUUGCCCACCUGCAAAACUGUGCCCAUCGUUCCAAUUUCCCUCGAGCAAACCAUUCGUUCGAAGAUAAAUCAACGCAUGUCCCCAUCCAGGCCCACGGUUCCUGUCAAUUAGCAAUCAGUUGGCAAUUUGCUUGCGAAUUGCGGCAAUACAUAUGCGGAACAGUAGCGAAGCGAUUUGCAGGUGAUGAGUGCCAGCGAGACCCUGAGUAUCCUGGUCAACACUGCCGCUGUCCACGAGCCCCCAUCGAGAUCUGCGCCCCUUUCCGUUGUAUGCCAUAGUAGUGACGGUGAAGACGUUCCCCUUGUUCCGGAAGUGGCUUUCGACGGCAGCUUGGAUUCCCCGGGGAUCAAUCGGGAGUCUCAGCCCCUUCUGGGGGGACUUGAGGUCUCGUACAAUCAUUUUCCAGAUGAUCCCGAUUUCACCGAUUUGGUUUGGCAAGCGGAAACGGCCAUAGACAAUGGGAUUUUUCCAGAGCGCAUCUCUCAGGGCUCCAGUGGGUCGUAUUUUGUGAAAAAUCAAGCGGGGAAAGUCAUAGCAGUGUUCAAGCCAAAAGACGAAGAACCCUAUGGCCGACUGAACCCGAAAUGGAUAAAAUGGAUGCACAAGUUGUGCUGUCCGUGCUGCUUUGGUCGUUCGUGUCUCAUUCCCAAUCAGGGCUACUUGUCAGAGGCGGCCGCUUAUCUGGUAGACAGCAAAUUGGGGCUCAACAUCGUUCCUAAAACUAGGGUAGUGAAAUUAGUGUCAGAAACCUUCAACUAUUUGAGAAUAGACCGGCAGAAGGCGCGAGUGAAACGGGCCAUUAUGGAGCAGUUCCCCAACGUGGGCUUGCGGUUCAAUCGCAUAGGGCUGCCGCCAAAGGUGGGUUCUUUUCAAUUUUUUGUGAACAGUUACAAGGACGCGCACCACUGGCUCUCCAAGUUCGAGAUGGAGCCGCUGGCGCCUCCCAUAGCGAAAAAGUUCCAGUUACAGUUUGAACGGCUGGUUGUUCUGGAUUACAUCAUUCGAAAUACCGAUCGUGGCAACGAUAACUGGCUGAUCAGGUACGAUCAGCCGACGAUUUCGAACGGGCACACCGUUAGCGAGCAAGUGGACCUAACGGAGUCGACUGAUUGGAGUAUGGUGAAUAUGCCCGAAAUCAAAAUUGCCGCCAUUGACAACGGCCUGGCAUUUCCCUACAAGCAUCCGGAUAGCUGGCGGGCGUACCCAUACCAUUGGGCGUGGUUGCCGCAAGCCAAAAUACCAUUCGGCAAGGAAAUCAAGGAGCUGGUUCUUCCGUUGUUGAGCGACAUGAAUUUUGUCCAAGAUUUGUGCGAAGAUUUGCAUCAUUUGUUCAAGCAGGAUAAGGGUUUCGAUCGCACCCUGUACGAAAGGCAAAUGUCGGUGAUGCGCGGUCAGAUUUUGAACUUGACUCAGGCGCUCAAAGAUGGAAAAUCGCCAGUUCAGCUGGUGCAAAUGCCAGCCGUUGUUGUGGAAAGAUCGCAGGCUCAUCCUCAUCGAUUUUUCAGCUUCACGCAACGCUUCCAAGACAAAAGUCCUUUUUUCUCGUGGUGUUAACGCACGUUAAAUUUUUUCUUUAUUUUCAAAUGGUCAAUUCGGUCGUUUUUCUUUGCCGGAAACUCUCGUAAAAGACAUUUAUCUAUCCAAGACAUGUGAUUUAGACUGUAGCUGGUAAGCCAGGUCCAUUGUUAUGAAUUUCAAAAAAUGCUGCCAGAUGAGCCAAUUUGAACUGAGAUUUCUAAAAAUGGACUUACGUUCUUUAUACUACAUAUUUAAUGGUUUCUUGAGCUUAAGGUCUUUAUUUUUAUAGAAUAUAGGUUUUAUAAUGUACAUAAAUGUGAGCUGAACAUUUCCAGUACUAAGAUUUGUCACUGUUUCUUCAACUUUGACUUCAACGUUGAUUUAUCAAAUUUUUUAGGGAGGAUGAAUAAAUGAGGUCGCAGACAGUUCACCAUCAACAAUCAAAAUAUAGUCUAACUUAAGUAAAGCUGCACUUUUACUUUUAUAAAACAUUGUCCUCGUUUAAGCGCCUGAUUGUUUUAACGAAUAGACAGUUUUAUUUACCAAAAUGUACAUAUAAACACUAUCGAAUAGAAACUACUACAAUUCA